CUGCCUUUCUCCUUUCUCUUCGAUCUGGGUUUGGUGAGGGUUUUUAAGUAAAGCGUGCGAUACAAAAACAGACAUCGUCUGUAACUGCUGUGUUCUUGCCUUAUUCUUCUUCUUCUUCUUCAUCAUCUUUGUCUCUCUCCUCUUCUCUUGGUGUAUAUAUCAGUGUUUCAUUUGUUCUACAUAAAAAGUAAAAGAUUCAUCUUUUUAAGGCUAAUUCAGAUAGGCUUUUUUCUUUUCUUCGCCAAAAGACGAGCUCGGGUUGAACAAGAGAAAGAAUUUAAGAAUUUGAAGAUUCCGCGCAAAAGAAGAGAAAGACUAAACCUUUUUUUUUCUUUGUUCCCGUGGUGAUUUCUCGCGCUCUGAAAUUGGUUUGACCAAAGACGACCGGUUUGAUCUGAAUCUCUUGUGUUCAUAUGGUAGACAAAUAGAAUUAGGUGCUGGAUUAAGUACAGGAUUUGAUUCUCUCAAUCAUCAUGCAAAGAGCACGCAAUAAACCGAUUAAAUCCACCACGACGGCUUCCGUUAAGCAUUUAAUCAAACAGAGAGGAGGCGGCGGCAGAGGAGGCGGCGGCGGAGGAGGAGGAAGUGGCGGAGAUACGGCGGCUAUGGAGGUUUCCAAGCCGGCUAAUGACAACAGCCUCUUGACAGAUAUGCAGGAACCGAGCAUCGAUACGGACAAACUCAGCUACGAGAUUUUCUCGAUUCUCGAGAGCAAAUUUCUAUUCGGCUACGACGGCGACAACAACAACGACGACCCGAAAAUCACGGUUCCAAGGAAUCUCAACCCGAAACCCGAGCCCGAACCCGUGAAUUCGACCGUUCCCGGGUCGAUUAAGAACCAGAGAGGGAAAAUCUGUAUCCUGAGCAUCGACGGAGGAGGCAUGAGAGGGAUUCUACCCGGAAAGGCGUUGGCUUACCUCGAACACGCUCUGAAAUCGAAAUCGGGUGACCCGAAUGCCCGAAUCGCCGAUUACUUCGACGUAGCCGCCGGGUCCGGUAUAGGCGGUAUUUUCACGGCGAUGCUUUUCGGUUCGAGAGACGGUAACCGUCCGAUCUUCAGAGCAGAGGACACGUGGCAGUUCCUAACGAAAAACGCAAAGGCCCUCUACGGGUCAUCAGCGCUCGUGAAACGGGUCAUGAGAACCGGGUCGUCGGGUACGGCGAAGCUACAGAGAGUGAUGAAAGAGUGUUUCUCGGAGCUGACUUUAAAGGACACGCUUAAACCGGUGCUCGUGCCUUGCUACGACCUUAAAAGCUCGGCUCCGUUCUUGUUCUCACGCGCCGACGCGCUGGAGACGGACGGCUACGAUUUUCGUCUAUGGGAGGUUUGUAGAGCGACGUGGGCUGAGCCUGGUGUGUUCGAGCCGGUGGAGAUGAAAUCUGUCGAUGGAAAGACCAAGUGUGUGGCCAUCGGUGGUGGUUUAGCCAUGAGCAACCCAACGGCGGCUGCGAUCACGCACGUGCUGCACAACAAGCAGGAGUUUCCGUUUGUGAGAGGAGUUGAGGAUCUGCUUGUCUUGUCUCUUGGUAUGGGUCAGUUGCUUGAUGUUAGCUAUGAGUAUGAUCGGAUUAUCAAGUGGACGGCUAAGCAUUGGGCUCGUCCUGCGGCUCUUAUUUCUAGCGACGCUGCUGCUGAUACUGUUGAUCAAGCCGUGGCCAUGGCUUUUGGUCACUGCCGUAGCAGUAACUACGUUCGGAUUCAGGCGAAUGGGUCGAGUUUAGGACAUUGCAAGCCAAACAUAGACACAGACCCGAGUGGGAGCAAUGUGAAUAUGCUGGUUGGAGCAGCGGAGGAGAUGCUAAAGCAAAAGAGUGUUGAAUCGGUUUUGUUUGGAGGUAAAAAAAUCGAUGAGCGGAGCAAUUUCGAGAAGCUUGAUUGGUUAGCCGGGGAACUUGUUCUCGAGCAUCAAAGGAGAAAUUGCAGGAUUGCUCCAACCGUGGCGUUCAAGCAAUCAGUCCAUAGGGCAGAUCAGAAGACAAUGGACAAAGAUAUCGGUGUGACUGCUAGAGAACGAUGAACAAGCCAAAAAGGUUGUUGUUGUUCUCUUUUGGUUGUGUUAGAUAAUUUAGGAUAAGGUUUUCUUUCUCUCGUAUAGAUUUGAGUUUGACUUCCGAGACAUGAGGAAAAAAAAAACAUGAUUCUUGUAAUUGCGGUUUGUCUUUGUUUUCCUAUAAUCAUCAUGAUUUCUUCUUUGACAUUUCCACUGACUCGAGAUAAUUUAUGAACCACUUUAAGUAA